AUGAUCGCAAUUGUUGGUCAAGCCAACGCAGACCGCGAUGCUGCGUCGAUUCAAGCUUACGGAGAUCAGUCAUUUGCAUGCCAUCGCCCAGCAAACCCCCAAUUACAACGGCCAGGCGCCGUCUUGAAACCCACGUCAACUGAACAAGUUUCCCAUUUGCUUCGAAUCGCUCAUGAAUUCAGUAUCCCCAUUGUAGCUAGCUCGGGCUUGACCUCAAUCGAAGGCCAGAAUAUCCACACGAGAGGCCCUCAAAGUGUAUCCAUCUCAUUCGAGAACAUGAACAAGAUCCUCGCUUUCCACCCUCAGGAUUUAGACAUCGUGGUCCAGCCCGGUGUAGGCUGGGAAAACAUCAAUGCAUAUCUCAGCGAAUCCCAAGUGGGGCUGCACUUGAUGUUUGGGCCCGACCCGGGCCCGGGCGCCAACAUCGGGGGCAUGGUAGGCACGAGCUGCUCGGGGACAAACGCCUACAGGUACGGCACGAUGAAGGAGAACGUCGUCAAUCUCACCGUGGUCUUGGCUGAUGGCUCCGUGAUCAAGACGAAGCAGAGACCGCGGAAAUCGAGCGCCGGAUACGAUAUGACGCAUUUGUUCAUUGGCAGCGAAGGUACUUUGGGGCUAGUAACUGAAAUCACGUUGAAACUACACGUUAGACCGAAAUUCGAGUUGGUGAGCGUGGUGAGUUUCCCCACCAUUGGCGACGCCGCCCGCGUGGCCUCGGCAGUUAUCGCGUCGGGGAUCCAGCCCAACGCCAUGGAGGUGCUCGAUGAACGAACGAUAUCGUUUGUAAAUAACCUAUCCGAGAAGAAACAAAUCGCGAAACCCACCUUGUUUUUCAAGUUCGGCGGGCCCACCAAGGACAUAAUCAAGACCCAAAUCGACUUGGUCAAGGCAAUUGCGAUGGAUCACCAUAUGAUUGAGUUCCGGGAGAGUAAAGAUGAUGCCGAGAGUUUGGAGCUUUGGGAAGCUAGAAGAAGCGGCUUUUUUUCAACUUUAGCCUACGGCAAACAGGUCCUCGCUGAUACAACGGACGUCAAUGGCUACGGCACCGAUAUGGCUGUGCCAGUUUCGAAACUAGCGCAAGUGAUGGAGGCGGGUAUUGCCGCGUUGCAAGAAGCAGGCUUUGCGGACAAGUUUUCAUGCAUGGGACACAUUGGCGAUGGCAAUUACCACUUUAUGAUCUUGUACAACUCGCCCGAGUAUCAUCAAGUGGUGGAACUAGCGGCGAAAAUGGUUGAACAAGCUUUGGAUUUGGAAGGCACGUGCACGGGGGAGCACGGGGUCGGUAUGGGAAAACGCAAGUUUCUCGCUAAGGAGUUGGGACAAGUGACGCUUGACGCUGAACGACGCAUCAAGUUGGCUUUGGACCCCAAGCGGAUUUUGAACCCGGAUAAGAUUUUCAAAAUUGACCCGCUAGAUGAUUACGAUGAACAGUUGGAAAAGAGAAAGAUUUUGGCCAAGCCUGAUUGCAUGUAUAAUCAUUAA